GAGCUGCCAUGGAGCGCGGGGACCCCCCGGACCUGAGGGGGCGCGUGGUGGUGGUGACGGGGGGGGCGGGGUUUCCUGGGGACGCAUUUGGUGCGGACGCUGCUGGAGGAGGAACCGGAACUGAAGGAGCUGCGGGUGCUGGACCUGGAGGGACCCAAAGAGCUGCAACACCCGGACCCUCGCGUGCGGUGGCUCCGUGGGGACGCACCCUCAAUGUCCUCGCCGGGUGCCGCUCGGGGGGGGUCAAGGUCCUGAUUUACACCAGUUCCAUGGAGGUGGUGGGGCCAAACGCCCUUGGGGAUCCCUUCCUCAGGGGUGAGGAGCAGACCCCCUACCCCGUUCGCCAUUCCCACCCCUACGGGCGCAGCAAAGCCCAAGCAGAAAGGAGGGUGCUGGAGGGGAACGGGAUGGAGGUUGCUGGGGGGGGGUUCCCUGGUGUCCCUGUCCCUGCGCCCCACGGGGAUCUAUGGGGGGGGGGGCUUCCCCUCCUGGCCCAGAUCUACCGGGAGGGCAAAGCCGGGGGUGGCUGCCCCACACCCUGCCCCCCAACGCGGAGCACGGACGGGUGUAUGUGGCUCCUGGGGCUGCCCCCGGGGGGUCACUUCCUGCCCCGUGUCCUCCUCCUCCUCUGGGCCCACCUCAACUCCUUCCUCGCCCGUUUCCUCCCCCACUUCCACCCCCUCCUCACCCCCAGCACCUUGGCCAUCGCCUCUGCCCCCUUCACCGUCCGCAGCUCCAAGGCCCAAAGACUCCUGGGGUAUCGGCCCCGGUAUUCCUGGGAAGAGGCCCAGGAAAGAACCCGGAAGUGGAGCCGGAGCUUGGAUUGAGGGAAACACCCCGGAAACACCCCGGAAAUACCCCGGAAACACCCCGGAAACACCCAGGAAAUACCCUGGAAAUAUCCCGGAAACACCC